UGCGCGGCAGACGGCGGCCUGAACCCGGGCGGCGCGCGGCCGAGGUGACCACGCUGCGGCGGGAGCGUCUGACCCAUGCAGGACCCCGCGCUUUCAGGCUCGCCCCUGCUGCCCGGGGACACCGAUGGGCAGGCCGCGCCGGAGACGCCCACGUACUCCGAAGUCUUCCACAAGCCCCUUCGCCUGGUGCCCAGGGAUCUCGACGUGCACGCCGGGCUUCGGGGGUCCCGGGAGGAGGUGGAGACCAAGGAGGCGGGCGAAGCAGACCACGGCCGGGGGCGAGACGAGGGCCGGCAGUCGGGGCAACCCCCGGGCCCCCUCCGGCCCCCCGAGCAGCAGGAGCCCCUCUCCCCCGACGAGGCCCGCGAGCGCGACGCACCCGGCGAGCCCAGGGGGUCCCGGGCGCCCCACAAGCCCCGAGAGCCGCGCGCGCACCCCAGGCCCCGCAGAGCCCAGCAGCCCCGGGAGCCCCGCGGGACCGCCGAGGCCAAGCUGCUUCCCAGGACCCCGGCGGUGAUCCACCCGUCUCUGACCACCAGGUGCCCGCCCGGCCUUCACCUGUCUGUCCUGAGCGCUGACCCUGAUUCCUACCAGUUCCCAAGAAGACGUUUUUUUUCUAGAAAGAGAAUGCAAGAUCUUUCUAGGCCUAAAAGACAAUGGGGAACUCCAGAUAGAAGACUGUUUUGGGGAAAUCAAGAUCCUAUUUGCCCUGUUUCUGACAGGGCUUUGAUCGCUCCGCUAACAAAGAGACUUAGCAACCUUGCUCAGCCCAAGAAAGUGUCCCACCACUACGUACCUAACAGGGAUCAGUUUUACUACAGCUGUGGAAGAGAGUCUGUGAUUUGGAAGAUUCCUCAUCCUGCGUUGUUUAGCCAGCCCUCCAUGAGGAUCCAGAAGCUGGCUCAGCCCAACAGAUUCAAAAGACAGUACCUGCGAAAUGGGUCCUUCAGUGAUCACUUAUCAAGAAGUGUUCCCCACUUCUCGGAUCCUUCUCCCCGGAUUUUGAGACUUUCAGUCGCCAAAGGCACAGACCCGAACUAUGUUCCUCCACGAAGCGUUGAAACUAGAAUUUCCAUUACUACCCUGAGUGCUGUUGCAACUCCAAGAAUUAUAGACCUCGCCCAGCCACGGCUCAAGCUAGAGGGUCUGUGCUACGAGAGAGAGAGAAGCGAAAUGCCCAUCCGUCCUGUAACCCCUGCUGCCUUGAGCGCCACACCAAGCCCCCGAGUAACUGCUCUAGCGAAGUCCAAGCCUCUUCAUCAGGACUACCUACCUGCCCGGGAAGCCCAGUGGCCGGUGUCUCACGCCGCUACCCAUUCGAAGGCUUCUCCCCGGAUUCAGGAGCUAGCCAAUCCAAGCUCAAGGGGUCCGAUGCAUAUUGUAUUCUACGAUCCUGAUGUUUUCAAAGUCAAGCCGGCUGCUCUGAAAGCACAGUGUUCAGCGCGGGUCCAGAAGCUGGCAGAACCUGUGGAACGUUAGACAGAGAAAACCACGCCAGGCAGACAUCAGCCAUGCAUCCAGGACGUGCACGCUAACUUAGCUCCCUGCCCUGUACCGCUGACCUUCCCGACUGCCCCCAAGCUCGAGCCCUCCGCAGAACGCCACUGCAAGCACCAGACAGCAGCCGCGGCUGGACCUGCAGCCACACUGUCAGCAGCUUUGCGGAUUCCGUGUGCAAUAAAAGACACGGAGAGCCGGCCUUGUCGCCCUUGCUACUCCUCCCCAAGCCGCUCUUUCCCUCCCUGGGCUUUGCUUUUCCCGUCCGGGUGAGUCCCACGUCCCAUGGUGAUCCCGCCUCAGUCUCUUCUCCGGUAAGUCCUGGGAAUUGAGAUCAUAACGGCUGUUCACAGUCUGUGGCUGACAGUGGGGACUGGGCUGCUGAAAGUGACCACAUCUCCAGCAGCCUCCUUCCUCCUUCUGCUUAGAGCCGCUUACCAAAAUGACCGAAAAAGCAAGACGCUGCUCUUAAUGGCAGAAUGAACACUCGUCUGUGGAACUGUGCAGUAUUUACUUUAUUCUCUCCAUGCAGCAGUAUUUUAUAAAUGACACUAAGUUUGUGGGGCAGAUCUAGAUUUGCAUGGAAGUAGACUGACUUGCAAGCUUAUUUACAGAUGAGUGAGUUCUGUCUUUGAGGGCUUUGUGUUAUAGCGAAGCAACCCUUCUAGGUACUUUUGGAAUCAGCCAGACCUGGGUCUCUCUCUCCUUGGGGUCGUCUACCAGACGUGUGAUCUUCACACAUUCACUAACUCCUUGUGCUGCAGUUUCUUUAUGUAUAAACUGGGUUCCAACUGCAUUGUUGCAAAGAUUAAAUGAGGACAUGUAUAUCUGAAAGCACGAAUUUGAAUAAAAAGCUGUCAUGUAAAAA